AUGAAAUAUGUUCUCCGGAACAGUUUUCCCUUGUUUUGGCAGCCGCCGACCUCGGUACUCGUCUGUGGAUACCAGAAAUCGAUGAUAUGGACAGCUAUAUUGCAGAUCUCAAUCUGCAUCCAUUGGCACACCUGCCGCACGACAUCCGCCCGUUUUGGCCCCGCGAUUCGCUUUUCUACCGAGGCGUUUGAAGCAUACAAUGCCAUCUUUCGUGCUUGCUCUGUGCGAAGCAACCGCCAAGCACCAAGCCGCGACAUUGCCCGAAAGCUGGCCUCUGUCGAACGUGUCAAGCAUAUUUUCACUGGCGGCUUCUGGUACGACGAAAAGCAUGGGAAAUGGCUGCAGGCUUCCCCACUUGUCCUUCAAAUUGUGGUCGACGGCUCACGCCAUCUCGGCUGGGUCUCCCAAAAACUCGUUGAAUGUGGAACGGUGCGAAUGCUAUCCGAGAAGCAGCAGCCGUUGAUCACCUGGGCUACAAGUGGCUGCGGGCCAUAUUGGAGCGACCACCUUGGCCUCCAACCUGCUCUCAAAAGCACAUGGCGUCAAGCACUGACUGUCACGAUCAAGAAUGGCGAUGCUGUGUGGCACACAAGUUGGGUUUACGCAUUGGAUUCUACCCGGUCGUAUUUUCUUGGCCGUGUCUCAAAGAUUCUUGCAGGAAAGCAAGUCUUCAUCUUGCUCGAACGCUUCGUCUGCACCGAAACCGUCCAUCCAGACUUUAAAUGGCCUGUCAUUCGACGACCAAGCGGGGCCGAAAUCGUUGGUGGAAUGACUUCCUACACCAUUGUGAAGCCCGACGACGUCCAAUUCGCUGCUCUGUUGAGCAUGACUGCCGUCGCGGAUUACGACAAGCGAUUCGUUCUCAACCUGGCCGGCUUUCACAACUUCAUGGAGCUCAGACGGAUUCUCCCCGACGAUUUCACCCGACUGAAGCCGUUACACAAUGACCGCAAAACCUUCCACAACGAUAAGGCACGACAAGCUCAGGAACUUCGCCUGUCAAAUCGGGAAAAAGCCGCCGCGAAGCGCAAGGCUAAAACGGCGGAAAAGAGGCGAUUGGCGGCAGACGCAGCGGUUGAUGCAGCAGUGGCCGAGACUCAAUUCGCCUCGGCAGCUCAGAAGCCUGGAGGCCGGGCCAAGCUAGCAGAGAAGAAGCGGCAAGCAGUGCUCGCUGCAGCAGAAGCAGCCACAGCAGAAAUGGAGGAGAUUGUUGAAGACUCGGAGCAAACCAUGGACCUGCUUGGUUCAGACUUGGAAGAGGCAGACAGCGAUGAAAGUCAUUAUCAUUCAGAUGAAGAGAUGAAUGACGAAUAUCAUCUGCCAGGGAAGAGGAAGGUCACACUCGGAAAUACAGGACGCAUAACCCGUGCUCGAGCUCGUACUAAUGCCAAUAAGUAA